AAACUUCAGUGCUCAUAUUUUAAGAAAGUAAACUGAGCUGUUGGAACACUCGGAGCUCCACUCGUACUCUGGAGCUGCCUGCAGUUAUCUAACUGACAUGAAUGUAGAUGAAAAAGUUGAUGUAUUUUUAAUAUCACAGACGUACAGUCAUACUAUCAGUUUCGAAGGAACUUAAUGUGCAAACACUAAUUAUCCUAAUAUUAAUGUGUCAAGAGAUAUCAUCAAGUAACUAUUUUACCAAGUUUCACAUCUGAGGUUCUGUUAUCUGUUACUUUUAUGAGCUGUCUUAUGUGAUAGCAGCAGCGUCAGUGUGUUCCUGAUUUUCUCGUUUAAUGUGAAAAAUAUUCUCAUAGUAGCACUUUUAAGACCAGGAAACAGGUUAAAAGACAGACGGGCAGCGUUUGGUAUUCACACCAGAAAACCAGAGACGGAUGAUGAGGCAGCGGGCCCCCAGCUGCAGACCCCACCCUGUUCUAUGAGGAACAGGCUGAAACAAAGGGCUCUAAUUUGGGGUUUUGAGUCUCUUUAAUGGUUUGUAUCUGUGAAGAGGCCAACUGUUGUGGCUGCAUUGUUUUUUAUCAAUACAAUGUUGUUGUUUUGCACUUUGUCAGAACUUUUUAGCAUCUCUUUAUGGAUUCUUAAUGUCUCAUUUACUUGUUUUAUGCCUCUUCAAAGCUUUUUUUUUCUUUUUUGACUUCUUUGGCAUUUUUCUGGGACCUCUUUGUGCUCAUGCAUACAAAGAUGGAUUCAGGUGGAGCGACAGCACCACCUCCUCGCACAGAACAGAGGCUUCACUGGAAGCCGGGAUCAUGGCAACCGGACCAGACGUCAUCGAGAUGUGGCUCCUGUCGUCGGGAGUCGUUAGCUUCUUCAUGCUUCUCCUCAUCCUCUCCAUCUUCCUCACGGGUCUCUGCAGCGACUGCGGCAGACAUUCAUUUGAGCUUCAGGAUCCGGAGGUGAACAGAACCCCGUCAACACUCAUCAGCGUGGUGAAGCUGGAGGAAGUGAGAGAAAACCCAACGAUCAACGAGAUCCAGAACGACGAGAAACAGUCACGUCCUGAAGAGGAAGUCUCAGUGCAGUUCACUCCCUGGAGGAGCCACCUGGGGGUGCCGCAGAGCCAAGAUCAAAAUGCAGAACACAUUUACCACACCAUCGGAGGACACGGCACCAACCCGGACAUAUCAUCACCACCAAUGCCGGCCAAUCACAAGCCAGCCAGAGCACAUGACGCCGCUCUGGAGGAUUUUAGUAACUAUGACAGGAAUUCAGUUUACGCUCAAGUCAGCAAGAAGCUGAGCUCCAGUGCUUCGCCUCCACCUGUCCAUACACCUGCGGAGAUACCGGUAGAGGAGGAGGAGGAGUCUUCACCUCCGCUGCCCGAGAGGACGGCAGAGAUGGAGGGAUGAUGGAUGCAGAAGGACGCCAGGUCCUCCCGCACGCAUCAUUAACACCAAAACCUGAAAACUACAUCUGCCAGUCAGACUGCUGGAACCCUAACACUCAUGACCUCACAGCGUCAACAUCUCAGAUUCAGCGUCUUAAUGUGAGGUUGAAUUUUUAAUGCCAUUGAGGCUAUGAAUGAAAAAGAGACACGUUUCACACGUGGAGUGACAACAGCGACUCCCUGAAUCUGAACACAAGUUCAGAGAAAAGAUGGAGGACGAUUCAGGAACAGCAAAGAUGGAGGGAAGUUUCACUUCCAAAAGGGGGGGGAGAAAUAUUUUUAAUCUUUAUUGUAGUUCAGCAGGGUUUUAAAGCAUUUUUUAAAAUCAGAUUUGAGCCAAUGCAGGUUUUUUAUGUCCCAAUGAGCCUUAAAAUUAAAGAUAAUUUAGAUAACUGGGCAAAAAAAUGCCAGAGGGUGUUUCAAAGUAGAUGCUAAGUGGCGAGAGUUGUUUCUAGAAGGACUUUGGGGCAGAUUCCACUACAAAUAUAUAUUUAUAAUAUACAAACAGUGUGACGGCCUGCAAGCAAACUGCAAAGAAAGCACAAACAUGUCUACAUGAAAGGAAAGAUGAUGAAGGACGGAAACCUUAAAUAAAGUUAUAGAAAACUAUUUUUGAAAGUCUUAUGAAUGAA